CGUUUCAAAAAACAAAUUUAUAGGUUAUUUUUUAACCUUACUUUUAUAAAAACCACAAUGUUUCGUGGUUUGAUACGGAAAUUAUGGGGAGCCCACAGCCACAUCGCAAAAAACUGCAACAACUUAUUUACAAAAAACAUGGAUUUAGAGACAAAUAGAAUUGUUUGGAUUGACAUGGAAAUGACGGGAUUGGAUGUGGAAAAAGAUAAAGUAUUAGAAAUUGCUUGUUUGAUAACAGAUGGUGAUUUAAACACUGUAGCAGAAGGUCCAGAUAUAAUAAUUCAUCAUGGUAAUAAUGUUUUAUCGAAUAUGAAUGAUUGGUCAAAAAGGCAACACGAAAAAACUGGGCUAACUGAAGCUUCAAGGAAAUCUAAUAUCCCUAUUGAAGUUGCUGAAAAACAAUUAAUGGAUUUUAUUAAAAAAUAUGUAACAGAAAGGAUGAGUCCAUUAGCUGGGAAUAGUGUUUAUAUGGACAGAAUGUUUAUAAAAAAACAUUUACCAAAAAUAGAUAAUUAUUUACAUUACAGAAUUAUUGACGUCUCAACCAUAAAGGAAUUGUGCCAACGUUGGAAUGAAAACAUUUAUAGAAAAGCACCAAGGAAAGUUUGCGAUCACCGCGCUUUAAGCGAUAUAAAAGAAAGUAUAAAGGAAUUGAAAUAUUAUAAAGAUACUUUUUUUAAGGUAUAGAAUAUUUGCAAUAAAUAAAUUAAACUAAUUAAGAUAUUAAAUCAAUGAUAUAAAUCAA